CACAGUCGCUGUCCAACAUCAACAACAUGGCAUGCCAGAGAAAAGACAGCUUCCUCUGGGGCAAAGCUCCACCAAAACUCACCUCGGUGGAGAGGAGGCAGAGCGAAGCAAUCAAGAUUCACAAGAGCGACCUGUUGGAUGACAUUCAGAAGCUGAGGUUGGAGAUCAGCGGCGCCCGGACAGCAAUGCAGAACACAGAAUCCAUUGAGCAGAAAAAAAUCAUGGCGAGGAACAGGAAAUUCUUCCGUGGGAAAAAGAAAUUCAACAUGGACCCCAAGAAGGGCAUCACGUACCUGGUUGAAAAUAACCUGCUGAAGUGGACAGCAGAGGCGGUGGCCGAGUUUCUCUACAAAGAAGAGGGACUAAACAAGACGGCCAUAGGAAACUUCCUGGGAGAGAGGGAGGAAAUGCACCUCGAAAUACUGCAAGCCUUCGUGGGCCUGCAUGAGUUCUCCGACCUGAAUCUGGUGCAGGCGCUGAGGCAGUUUCUGUGGAGCUUCCGCCUGCCAGGAGAGGCGCAGAAGAUUGACCGGAUGAUGGAGGCCUUUGCAACGCGUUACUGCGAAUGCAACGCCGGGGUCUUCCAGUCAACAGACACCUGCUACAUCCUGUCCUUUGCCAUCAUCAUGCUCAACACCAGCCUCCACAACCCCAACGUGAAGGACAAGCCCAACCUGGAGCGAUUCAUCUCCAUGAACAGAGGCAUCAACAACGGCCAGGACCUGCCCAGGGAGCUGCUCAUGAAACUGUACGAGAGCAUUCGCAGCGAGCCGUUCAAAAUCCCCGAGGAUGACGGGAACGACCUCACACACACCUUCUUUAACCCGGACAGGGAAGGCUGGCUCCUCAAAAUGGGUGGCCGGGUCAAAACCUGGAAGAGGAGGUGGUUCAUUCUGACAGAUAGCUGCCUGUACUACUUUGAAUACACCACAGAUAAGGACCCAAUCGGGAUUAUUCCUCUGGAGAACCUGUGCGUCAGACCCGACUCGGCUAAACAGUACUGUUUGGAGAUAUAUAACCCCAAGGGGCAGAAGAUCAAGGCAUGCAAGACGGAAAACAAAGGCAAGGUGGUGGAGGGGAAGCACCAGUCCUAUAAGCUCAGCGCCGCGAACGCAGAAGAACGGGACAACUGGAUCGACGCCAUCAGGGCAAGCGUCACUAAAGACCCGUUUUAUGACCUGGUGAGUCUACGCAAGAGGAAAGUCAUCAGCAACGCCUCCUCGUAGGACUGAAGUACGAGGUGGAGCGAUCUGAGCUGGGAUCAGAGCUGCUGGAUUCACCGUGAGAGGGGAAAAAAAAAAAAAGAAAAAACAGGAAGAAAUGCAAACAUGCUGAGGACCACAUUACAGUGUUUCACAGAAAUGUGCAACCUGGGAACUGACACUCAAUGUAACUGCUCCGUGUAAAUAGAGAAGUGUAAACUAUUUGUAGCUGCCUUACUGUAUGAACCUGCUUUAGUGUGAAAGCUCAACUUCUCCAUGCAGUGUGGCUCACACGCCGCACACUGUGGAGCCUCGGCUCUCUGCAAGACUUCCAAAAAUACAUUGACACAAAAUGUAUAAUUAUGUGGCACUUUGUUGAGGCAUAUUUUAAAUGAAGACGUGUACAGAGAAACUAUGAAUCUUUAAAUUAAAGCAACAGUUUCACGUGGGAGGCAGGAAGCGACCCACGCUUCAGUUCUGGUAAUUUCACUUCCUCGUUUUUUUCUCAUGUAAAACUCAGCAAUUUCUUCUUCAGAAAUUACCAUUAUUUGUACAAAAAUGACAGUAGUCAUAUCUGUACAGCACAAUGACGUAAACCUCUGAACCCAACUGAAAAAAAGUACAAAAAAAAAAAACUUUUCUGAAGUCCUGAAAUUAGUUUCUGUGAAUAAGUAGACAUUGUAUGUUUGAAUUAGUAUUAAGUUCUUUUGAACAUGCACUUUGUAAAUAUUAUUCAUAGUGUUUUCUUUAGUGAUUGAAUGUUUUAUUUAAGUAAAUGUCUGUAAAUUGGUGGA